AUAUAAAAUUUAUACAAAGUUUUUAGAGAAACAUAGAAAGACUACCGAGGUGGAGGUUUAGGAGGCCAUACAUUUCGCAAACCACCACCUCUUUCUUCCUCAGCCUUAUCUUUCUCUUUCGCACUCCUUUAUCACUCUUAUCUCUCUCACUCACUCUCUCUCUCUCUCUCUUUCGUUCUUCCUCUCAGCUGCUACUGCAAGAGGAAGGGUUUCAGCAAUGGCUUCCAUUCUGGGCGUUUCGUCCAUUUAUCAGACUCCAAGUCUCGAACUUUAUAGGAGGACCGCUGCUUCUACCUCACCACAGACUAACCCUUCUUCGUCUUCCUUGGCUCUACCUGAUAGGUCCCACUUUAACAGCGUUCUCAGAGCCUAUAAUACUAGUAAUAGUACCACUAACAGCGCUAAGACCGCUUCAAGGCAUGGCCUUGGUUUGGUUUCCUCGGCGAUUGCCACCCCUAAUUCGGUGCUCAGUGAGGAGGCUUUUAAAGGUCUCGGGGACUUCUCUAAGAGUUCCUUGGAUGAUAGCGAUGGUAACGAAGACUAUGGCUCUGAAGAUGAACCUUCUUCAGUUGCUGACUCUGCCGACGGAGAUGAGCUCGCCCUUUCCAAAUUGAGUUUGCCUCAGCGUCUUGUUGAUUCUCUCCAGGGACGUGGGAUUACUCACCUUUUCCCCAUCCAAAGAGCUGUAUUGGUCCCAGCGCUAGAAGGUCGAGAUCUCAUUGCUCGUGCAAAGACUGGUACUGGGAAGACACUAGCCUUUGGGAUCCCAAUAAUUAAGCGCCUCACUGAGGAUGAUGAACAAAGAGGUUCUCGGAGGCGGUCAGGACGUCUUCCUAGAGUUUUGGUCCUUGCCCCUACCCGGGAGUUAGCAAAGCAAGUAGAAAAGGAGAUUAAAGAAUCUGCACCUCAUUUAAGCACAGUUUGUGUCUAUGGAGGUGUUUCUUAUAUUACACAACAAAGUGCUCUUUCCCGUGGAGUUGAUGUAGUGGUUGGAACUCCUGGCCGGAUUAUUGACUUGAUAAAUGGUAAUAGCCUCAAUUUGGGGGAGGUACAAUAUUUGGUCCUCGAUGAAGCUGAUCAGAUGCUUGCAGUUGGAUUUGAGGAAGAUGUGGAAGUGAUUUUAGAAAAGCUUCCAUCUCAGAGGCAGAGCAUGCUUUUUUCUGCUACUAUGCCUGGUUGGGUGAGAAAAUUAUCUCGGAAGCAUUUGAACAAUCCGUUGACCAUUGAUCUGGUUGGUGAACAAGAAGAAAAGCUUGCAGAGGGUAUCAAACUUUAUGCAUUAUCAACAACUGCAACUUCAAAGCGGACCAUUCUUAGUGAUCUUGUAACGGUUUAUGCAAAAGGUGGGAAGACCAUUGUUUUUACACAAACAAAACGAGAUGCAGAUGAAGUCUCCUUGGCAUUAUCAAAUAGUAUAGCUUCUGAGGCUUUACAUGGUGAUAUAUCUCAGCAUCAGAGGGAGAGAACAUUAAAUGGUUUCCGGCAAGGGAAAUUCACUGUGCUUGUUGCAACUGAUGUUGCAGCCCGUGGGCUUGAUAUUCCCAAUGUUGAUUUGGUUAUCCACUAUGAGCUUCCAAAUGAUCCAGAGACCUUUGUACACCGUUCUGGUCGUACUGGACGUGCAGGAAAAGAAGGUUCUGCCAUUUUAAUGUUUACUAACAGCCAGAGGAGAACGGUGAGAUCCCUUGAGCGUGAUGUUGGGUGCAAAUUUGAGUUUGUCAGUCCACCAUCUAUUGAAGAGGUUCUGGAGUCAUCUGCUCAGCAAGUGGUUGCCACUCUUAGUGGAGUUCAUCCUGAAUCGAUCGACUUUUUCACCCCCACUGCACAACAAUUGAUUGAAGAACAAGGAACAAGUGCUCUCGCUGCUGCACUAGCACAGUUGAGUGGAUUUUCUCGACCUCCUUCAUCCCGGUCUCUUAUUUCCCAUGAGCAGGGUUGGGUCACAUUGCAAUGGACUCGAGAUUCAGCUUUUUCUAGAGGAUAUCUGUCUGCUAGAUCCGUCACUGGAUUUCUUUCAGAUGUUUAUUCUGCAGCCGCUGAUGAAGUUGGAAAAAUUCAUAUAAUUGCAGAUGAAAGGGUUCAAGGGGCAGUUUUUGAUCUUCCAGAGGAGAUUGCAAAAGAGUUGCUGGACCGACAAUUACCACCUGGGAACACAAUUUCCAAGAUCACCAAGUUGCCAGCUCUGCAAGAUGAUGGGCCUGCCAAUGACUUUUAUGGCAGGUUUUCUGGUAGGGACAGGAAUAGUCGACGGGGAGGUCAAAAAAGUCGUGGAGGUUUUAGAAGUUCACGGGGAUGGGACAGUGGUCGAGUCUCUGAUGGCGAGGAUAAUUUCUUUAGAAGUGGUGGUCGAAGUCAAAGAGGAAACAGUAGUUGGUCCCGUGGCUCUAGAAGCUCUGGGGACGAUUGGCUAAUUGGAGGUAGAAGAACAAGCAGGUCUUCAUCCAGGGACAGAAGUUUCGGAGGUGCCUGUUUUAACUGCGGGAGAUCUGGGCACAGGGCAUCAGAAUGCCCUAACUAGCUAGGUUUCUAAGUCGCCUCUCACCAUCCCCUAUUAUCAGCCACUAAAGGUCUGAGACUGCUGCUGCCGGGGUAUUACAUUGCAGUGUUGUUUUUUUGGGGCUGCUCGAUGGAUUUGAGAGAUACUUUGCAGCAGAGUUGCAGGACUAAGUUUUUAAGUGCUUUACAGGGGUCCGACGUUCAACAUCUCUUUUAUCUCUCAUCCUUCAAAUGCGCUGUUUUUCUCGCUUAUUUAUUCCUCCCCUAUAUGUUUAAACCUUGAUUUUUCACAUUAUUUUUAGUGUUUAACAACUUACAACAAUGUCGGAAAUAUUGAUUUCAAAGGCAAUUUUCACAUUUUUGGCA